GGUUUCCCAAAAAACUAGAAAGAAAAUUGAAGAAAAAUGGAUUCACACGUGUGGUUCCCUCCCAAAGUUUAUAUUAUACCUUCUUUCCCUCCAUUCUGCAAAGAAAGAACCCUAGAAGAAGCUGAGCUCUCUGUAAAGCUUAACAAAUACUCACAAGAUGCCGCGUGGUGACUUGUAUAACUUCUUGAAGAUAAGGGACGCCAUAGAUUCUGUGGGUGAGAAAGUGAACUUAAUCGGCGUCGUCCUCGAGUGUGGUUUCCCUAGGAAAACCAAGGGCACUGAUUGGUUUUGUUCGGUCCGUAUAAUUGACGAGACGCAUCAGGAUCCUGGGUUACCAGUUAACGUUUUUACACAAACUAGGAAUCAACUUCCCCGUAUUUUGUCGGUUGGAGACAUAAUUCAGUUCCAACGCGUUUUGAUGAAAAUUCAUGAUGAUAAGAUAAAUGCUGUUUUUUACAAGAAGUACUCUAGCUUUGCUAUAUAUGAAGGAAGGGAUGGUAGAAAUUUAGUUCCUUACCAAACUUACGAAACAUUUCGCGAGAAAGACCUAGACAAGAAUUUUGUGAUAGACUUGAGAAGAUGGUUGCAGAAUUUUCAGUUUGAUGAAGGUGCAAAUUAUUUCUCGUUGAUCAGGGAAAUUAACGGAGGUGAAAGCUUUAAUAUGGUUUGUAAAAUAAUUCAUAUCCAUGAGGGUGCUGGAAAUGAAUGGAUGGCCUUUGUUUGGGAUGGAACUGAUGCUCCACCAUCCAAUAUUCUUCAAAAGCUUGAAGAUGAAAUGCAUCACCCACUUCCCCUACAUCUGGAAUCACUGCCUUUGCCAAGAGAUACCUUAUGUAGCUUUCCUUCUGUCGGAACUGUCUUAAGAGUGGUAUCUCAAGACAUUGAAAAUGACAACCUUCGCUUGCUAAAAACUGGGGAGUGGGUAAAGCUUUUGAAUUUGCUAUGUGAAGUGCAUGCAGGGUUAUGGCGUUGUGUGUUGACACCAUUCACAAAGCUUCGAUAUACACCAAAUGAGGACCGUCUCAAACUUGAGCGGCAAAGGUUAUAUGAUGAACGAUUGUCACGAAGUCCGCAAAGUUUAAGGCGGAUGCCAUUUUGGAGCUUACCUUGGCCUUCUCAAGUGACAGAGGUUGAUGGUGAUGAUGAUGAUGACCAUGCGAUAUUUCUUACCUUAAUGGAUGUCCUCACAAGUUCAGAGGUUACAGCCAGUUUCAAGUGUGUAGUUCGAGUCAUAGCUGCUUUCCCAUGGCAGGCUAAGGACUUCUGCUUUCCUGCUGGGAUUGACAGAAUUAGGCUGACUCUGGAGGACUCAACCGCUAGAAUUCAUGCUUUCUUGUAUGCAGAAGAUGGGGUGAAGUUUUUUGAUGGCCAGUCCUUUGUUAAGGCAUUGGAGAGCAAACUUAAUGCAUUGUUAGGAGUGAUUGCAGAUAAUGAUGGGGAGCAAAAUGACACUCGCAGAAAUCCCCCAUGGGUACAAGUUUGUCUAAAAUCUCAAAGUGACAAAUUGGGAAGUAGGCACUACCGGAUUUUUGGCACCAAGCUGGUGGCCUGAAUUAAAUACGCUGCUCACAUGGUUGGAAAUCCGUACUGCAAAUUGUCUGGCGAGUAGAAUAUUUCCCUGCUACAAUACUCGUUUCUGGGAACUUUUGUAUAUUUUCUGUCGAGGAGCUUUUUGUAUAUGAUACAACUCUAAUGAGCUUUUUGUCAAUAAAAGAAAUAUCCCUUCUUUUUCGCAA